UCUGUAUUGAAGGAUGGUUUGCAAUGAAAUCAAUUUUUGUUUCAUAAAUUACAUCAGACUUGACCACUUUCUUUGAACCUUCAUUGCCAGAUGAUAUCAAAUGGUGGUGGGGAAAACUACUUGUUGAUCCAAUUUAUUUAAGCCUAACCAUGGAUAAGUUACUCAAAGGCAUAAUGAAAUAUAGAAGUAAUAUCAAAGAAAAUAUGGUCAAACAAUUCGUUCAAGUAAAAGAUAAUCCUAAACCCAAGGCGGUAUUUUUCACUUGUAUUGACAGCAGGAUGCUUCCGACAAGAUUUACCCAAACAAAUGUGGGGGAUAUGUUCAUUGUACGGAAUGCUGGCAAUUUAAUUCCCCAUUCUCAACAUUUUUUGGAUGAGUUGACCACAAAUGAACCAGCUGCACUAGAAUUGGGUUGUGUGGUCAAUGAUAUAAGGCACAUAAUUGUGUGCGGGCAUAGCGAUUGCAAAGCCAUGAACUUACUGCAUAAAUUACAAAACGUGGAUUUUGCAUCCAAGGAUAAUCGAAGAAUCUCACCUCUCAGAGCCUGGCUGUGCACACAUGCGUUAUCAAGUUUGGAGAAGUUUCAGCAGUUAGAGGUAACCGAUUACUCUAAGCCACUCAUUUUCCAGGCAGAAACACCUCUACGGAAAUUCGUCGCUUAUAUCGACCCAGAAAAUAAAUUCAAUAUAGAAGAUAAGUUGUCACAAAUAAACACUUUGCAACAAUUACAAAAUAUCGCAAGCUAUGGAUUCUUGAAAAAGAGAUUGGAAAAGCAUGAACUACACAUUCAUGCACUUUGGUUUGAUAUAUACACUGGCGAAAUCUACUAUUUUAGCCGGGCCGCUAAAAAAUUCGUAAUAAUAGAUGAAAAUAACUUCGAUAAAUUAUUGAGUGAAGUUGAAAGAUACUAUUCCUGAUUAUAUAUAAAUUAUUUAUUUUUGUCUUCGAGUUACAUUCUAGUCGAAAUUUGAUACAUAUUUUGUGCAACAAGCAGUGUGAACAGGAAAACUAGAUAACGAUCAGUAGUACUGCUCUAGAAAAUGAAAGAAUGAACAGUUAGUAAUUUAGAAGGCAAAGUCUCUCUUACAGAUUUAUACAUAUUUAUUUUUAUAAAAUCUUUUAUAGCAGUAAUGUAACCAUUCCAUAUUAUAUUGUCUGAAUGUAUAA